AUGGAGAAGAUGAAAAAGAAGAAGAGCAAGGUGGGCAAGAAGAAGGAGAAGAACGAGGUGAAGGAUCCUAAGGUUGAACAGAAUGUGGAGGAGAGCAAGGUUGAACAGAAUGUGGAGGAGAGCAAGGUUGACCAGAAUGUGGAGGGGACUGAUGUGAAAGUCGAAGAAUUCGAGGAGGAGGACCAGAAUGUGAAGGAGAAUGAGGCGAAGGAUCCUAAUGAUGUGAAAGUCGAAGAAUUCGAAGAGGAGGACCAGAAUGUGGAGGAGAAUGAGGUGAAUGAUCCUAAGGUUGUGAAGGUCAAAGAGGAGAGCAAGGUUGAAGAGAAUGUGGAGGAGACUGAGGUUGUUGAGCAGAAAGAGGAGAGCAAGAUUGUUGUUGAGCAGAAGGAGAGCAAUGUUGUUGUUGAGAAGAAGGAUGAGACUAAGGAGUCAUCUACUGUGGAUGAUGAUGAGAAGAUGGAUGAUGUGGAUGAUCUGAAAUUGAAAGUGGAGGAUCUGAAGGUGAAGGAUGUGAAAGUGCAAAAAGGAAUUGAGAGUAAGAAGGUUGAAGAUGACAAUGAUGAUUUACAGUUAUACAAUACUCCUCCUAAAGCAAAUUUUAGGAGGAGAGUGAGGAAGCCGAAAAAAGAUGAAUCGUACACCAACCCUUCUUUGUCAAAACUGCCAAAGACAAAUGAUCCAAUGAAAAUCAAUCCCCUUCAAAAAUUUGAAGAUGAGCUGCUGGAUAAAGUAAAAGAUUGGUUGGAUGAUCCAAAAACAAAUGAUGCGACAAAGGAUGUAUCGACUUGCGUAGUGGGGAAAGAUAUGUUUGUUAGAGUUCUAACAAGGUUGACAUGGCUUGAAGAAACUGAAAUAGAUGCAUUCUGCUACCUUUUGCGAAAAAGGAUUGCAGAAUAUCCCAAGACUAAAGUCGCAAUAGGGGACUGCCUUUUGGCCGAUAGAAUCGGGCGAGAGUACAAGAAAUUCAGUAACGAUAUUGCAAAUUAUCCCGUCGAUGAAUUCAAAGACUACUACAUGGGUGCACCUCAUAGAAACAUGCUUGAAUGGUCAGAAAUCGACGAUAUUUACUUGCCCGUCAAUAUAAACCAGAAGCAUUGGAUUUUGUGUGUUGCACGUCUUCAGAAGUAUCGAAUUGAACGUCUAUGA